UCCCAUCAAAGCCUAAACCAGGAAGUAGAAGCAUGAUGUCAACAGAUACAUGAAGCUGUUGACAUGGAACUUCCAGUCAUUUUUUACCACUAAAUGCUGUUUUUGACUUUAAAUUGACCGGUUUGAGAAUGAGAGGCGGUUGCCAAAAGGUUGUGUUGCUGUUCUUUUUGUUGUUAUUGGGAAAUGUGUGCCUUUCACAACGAGCCAAGAAGGGAGACUCGUUGGACCUGGGUGAGAGAGAUGACGAAGACGGAGGGACUGCAAACCACAACGAAAAGACUUCAGUUAAAAGCCAGCAAGCAUCUAUUCAACAUUAUAAAGAUGAUGGACCUGGUUCACACGACCCUCAGAAGGAUGGACAGCCUGUCAGCAAGUCCAAUGACACUGAUAACAACAGCAAUGAAACCCUCCACACUACAACACCUGCUGGCAAGCCGACGACUCUGGUACCCCCAACUGUCAAGCCCAUUCUGCCUGUGCAGACAGGCGUCAAGGCCCAAGAAGAAGAGCAGUCCAGUGGGUUGACCAUAUUCUUCAGCCUGCUGGUUAUUGGUAUCUGCAUCAUAUUGGUGCACCUGCUUAUCAAGUUCAAGCUACAUUUUCUUCCAGAGAGUGUAGCUGUCGUGUCCCUCGGAAUUCUAAUGGGAGGCUUCAUUAAGAUCAUUGAAUUUCAGGAGCUGGCCAACUGGAAGGAGGAGGAAAUGUUCAGACCAAAUAUGUUCUUCCUUUUGCUGCUGCCGCCCAUCAUCUUUGAAUCUGGAUACUCUUUGCAUAAGGGGAACUUCUUCCAGAACAUUGGCUCCAUUACUCUCUUUGCUGUGAUUGGCACUGCUUUCUCUGCCUUCAUAGUUGGAGGAGGGAUCUAUUUCCUAGGGCAGGCAGACGUGAUCUACAAGAUGUCCAUGACUGAUAGCUUUGCCUUCGGCUCACUUAUCUCAGCUGUGGACCCCGUGGCAACCAUCGCCAUCUUUAACGCCCUGAAUGUGGACCCGGUGCUCAACAUGCUGGUGUUUGGAGAGAGCAUCCUCAAUGAUGCUGUCUCUAUUGUACUGACCAACACAGCUGAGGGGUUCUUUUCCCGUUCAGACAACUCCAUGGUAACGGGCUGGGAGACUUUUAUACAGGCAUUGGGUUAUUUCCUCAAAAUGUUUUUCGGUUCGGCCGCCCUGGGGACUCUAACCGGACUCAUCUCAGCUAUCUUUCUGAAACACUUUGAUCUGAGGAAGACUCCUUCACUGGAGUUUGGUAUGAUGAUCAUCUUUGCGUACCUUCCCUACGGCCUGGCAGAAGGCAUCAAACUGUCUGGGAUAAUGUCCAUCCUGUUUGCUGGAAUUGUGAUGUCACACUACACCCAUCACAACUUGUCUCCUGUCACUCAGAUCCUCAUGCAGCAGACGCUGCGCACAGUGGCCUUCAUGUGUGAAACGUGCGUGUUCGCCUUCCUCGGUCUCUCCAUCUUCAGCUUCCCUCACAACUUUGAAAUAUCCUUCGUCAUCUGGUGCAUAGUUCUUGUUCUUCUCGGUCGAGCAGUGAACAUCUUCCCUCUGUCCUUCCUGCUGAACUUCUUUAGAGACCACAAGAUCACACCCAAAAUGAUGUUCAUCAUGUGGUUUAGUGGUUUGCGUGGUGCCAUCCCCUAUGCCUUAAGCCUCCAUCUGGGCCUGGAGCCCAUUGAGAAGCGGCAGCUCAUCGGCACCACCACCAUCAUCAUUGUGCUCUUCACUAUCCUCCUCCUUGGGGGCGGGACCAUGCCGCUAAUUCGCCUCAUGGACAUCGAGGAAAGCCAGACGCGGCGAAAGAACAAGAAAGACAUCAAUCUCAGCAAGACGGAGAAAAUGGGCAACACAAUCGAGUCCGAGCACCUAUCAGAACUGACAGAAGAGGAGUACGAGGCUCACAUCUACCAGAGACAAGAUCUGAAGGGCUUUAUGUGGCUUGAUGCUAAAUACCUUAACCCUUUUUUCACUCGGAGGCUCACCCAGGAGGACCUGUUGCAUGGCCGGAUCCAGAUGAAGACUCUGACCAACAAGUGGUACGAGGAAGUUCGCCAGGGACCCUCAGGCUCGGAGGAUGAUGAGGACGAAGCAGAACUUCUGUGAGCUUGACAAAUGCCUGCAGAUCACAUGGAAAUGAAAAAGAGACUUUUUGAGGCCUGUGCAGAAGGAGUGUGUGCGUGGCUUUUUCAGUGUCAUACACUUUUUUUUUUUGUUCAUCUGCCUCUAACUCCAUGUGACAAUAGAGUGUUCGUCUGCACACAAAGCAAGUGGUCAAAUCACAGUGAGGUUGCAGAAAACUGAAUGGAAAACUGCAACACUGAAUGAAGAAAAAGAGAAUCUGUGAAAAUGAAGUUCUUAUGAAUGCCAUGUUGUACCUUUACCAGUUUCUUUUCUUCAUGUUUUAGUCUGAAAGGAGGAUCACACAGGCUGAGGGGGAAUGUUCGCUUGUAAGCAAUUCUGAAGCACCUUUUUUUUCUCAUCAUCUCUUCUUUUUGUUUUGCUAUGUCUAUGUAGCACUGGGUUCUUUAAGGUCUGUUGGAAGUUUUUCUUUGUGUCAGAGGGAAAGAUACAAUAUAACGUAGCGUAAGGCUGCAUUUUUAAAGUGGGAUUUGUAAUAAGUCACAGGUGCCUGCUUUGAAUAGCUUUCCACAAACAAGAUUUCAUUCUCCCUGGGUCUCUCUCCACAUUUGUAUGCAUUAAUGACUCUGAGUCAACACUUAUAUUCAUUCUAUGUAAUGAAAAUAAAAUACCAGAAGUGA